AUGAACACCUCCUACGGAUGGGACGCAGUGGCAGCUUGCGAAGGCUCAAAAACUGAAACUCUUCGAGGGGAACCGACUCGACACGUGUUGGUGCGCUGGAAGCCUAGUUGGCUCCCGAGACAACAGAUUGGCGGCUAUUCGGAGAUCGAGCAGGAUAUCUACAUUGUCCACGGACCGCGGCAAACCGACAAAGACCAACCGCCGUUUGAGCAGUCCUGGGUUGUAACUAGACAAGCAACGCCUGAGGCGAAGACCGAGACGAUCUUGAUGCGCUAUAACGAGAUUAAGAAGCGAAUGCCGGCGGAGCUGAUCGAAUAUUUUGAGCGGAUUCCCGUCGAUGAA